CGAGCUCGAAGCGGACAAUUGCGGUGGGGUGGUGCAUGGAUACGCCAAUUUCCGGACAUUACUGCAUGGAUGUUUACGAUAAUCAAGUACCGAGGUGACAUUUUUCAUAAAUUCUAUAAUUCGACCGCGCCCGCCGCAGUUCCUUCAAGCUUCAGCUUCGUCCAUUCCUUUCUUUCUUUUCCAACGAACUCCUCAGGCAAGGUUGCUUCACCCAUACUAUCAUAAACAUCGCGGCUGAGCUUUCAAAGAUGUGGUCUAUUCAGUACCGAUUACCUUUCGUCAGAAGAUCAUCAAAGUCGUACCGGAAGCUCGGUGAUGAUGGGGAUAUCGACGACAGUAUGUGUGGUGCGCUACUCGAGCGCCCAGCCGACACAACUGCAGCAAUCCUUCCAUACAAGCAGUCCACGAAGCAGAGGCCACCUUUACCUGCCUCGAGGUACAGCAUAAGUCAGAAGCAUUCAAGUAGCACAAAUACGAGAAUACGCUUCGAGGGAACGAACGUUCAAGCCCUAGGACCAAACUUAUCGCCAGUGCCCAGCGCAGCGAAGUCUCGCCAGUGGUCGCUACUUCCACCCAUGGCUAGAUCCACAAACGUCCCUGGACAUCAAAGAACGUCAGUUUAUGGGCUUUGCCGAGUCGUUUGAGGUUCCAUCAGAUAUGAUUUCUGGAAACCACUAGAUUCGUGUUGAGUGGUUCCCCUUUUCUUCGACAAUGCAGCUUUUCUGGCCCUGGUUCAAUCCUUUCUCUAUUUUCCCGCCAACUCUCAGCCCGCUUAAGAGUA